UCCCAUACAUCGAUGUCCUAUAAAACCCUAAACUCACUGGCCCCUACCGUUCCCCCGUCCUGGAGCAGCCACCCGACGAAUCCCCGACUCCGAUCCCGCCGCCCUCACCUUCCCCUUGCCGGUCGGAGCCCCUCACCUUCACCGUCUCCUUCCCUGCGUUUAUCUAUAUGGAGGACGCCGUGGAUCGGGACCAAAGGUGGUUGUUGGAUUGCCUCUCGGCGACUCUCGACACUAGCCACGACGUCCGGUCCUUCGCUGAAGCCUCGCUGCAGCAGGCUUCUUUGCAACCAGGUUUUGGUGCUGCUCUAUCAAGGAUCAUAGUGAACAAGGAGAUCUCAUUUGGAUUGCGACAAUUGGCAGCUGUCUUGCUGAAGCAAUUUAUAAAGCAGCAUUGGCAAGAAAACGAUGAGAACUUUGUACAUCCUGUUGUUUUGCAGGAUGAAAAGGCAAUUAUACGUCAACUUCUUCUCUCUAGUUUGAAUGACUCUCAUGGGAAAAUUCGUACAGCUGUAAGCAUGGCAGUAGCAUCCAUUGCUCACUAUGACUGGCAAGAGGAUUGGCCUGAACUUUUGCCCAUCCUUCUGAAAUUAAUUAGUGACCAGAGCAAUUCCAAUGGAGUUCAUGGAUCUUUAAGGUGUUUAGCUCUUCUCUCUGAUGAUUUGGACGAUACACUGGUUCCAAAAUUAGUUCCCAAUUUGUUCCCAUACUUGUACACAAUUAUAUCUUCUUUCCAUUUGUAUGAUAAGUCCCUUCGCGCAAAAGCUCUUUCUGUGGUACACUCUUGUGUUUCUGUCUUGGGGUCCAUGAGCGGAGUAUAUAAGUCGGAAACCAUAGCGAUGAUGAUGCCCAUGUUAAAUUCAUUGAUGGAACAGUUCUCCAUCAUUUUGCAAGAUCCUGUGAAGUCUGAAGAUCCUGAUGACUGGAGCAUCAGGAUGGAGGUGCUAAAGUGUCUCUUACAGUUUGUUCAGAGCAUUCCCAACCUUAGUGAAAUGCAAUUUUCUGUCAUUCUUGCACCAUUGUGGCAGACAUUUAUUUCUUCCCUAGAAAUAUAUAAAUUAUCAUUAAUAGAAGGGAGUGAGGAUCAACAUGCAGAGAUGUAUAAUUCAGACGGCGGUGAAAAAAGUCUUGAAUCCUUUAUUAUUCAGUUAUUUGAAUUCUUAUUAACUUUGGUGGGGAAUUCUAGAUUGGCAAAGGUUAUUGGUGGGAAUUUGAAGGAACUGAUUUAUUACACUAUAGGGUUCCUGCAGAUAACAAAAGAACAGGAACACAAUUGGCUACUAGAUGUUAACCAAUAUGUUGCAGAUGAGGAUGAUGCAACUUACAGCUGUCGUGUAUCAGGAUCUAUCUUACUGGAAGAGUUAGUAAAUGCUUUUGAUGGCGAAGCCAUAAACUAUGUGAUUGAGUCUUGUCAAAGCCGGUUUUUUGAAACUUGUCAAGCGAAAAUCACUGGUUCUGCUCAUUGGUGGAGAUUACGUGAAGCUUCUCUAUUUGCGCUGGUUUCUAUAUCAGAUCAGUUGAUUGAAGCAAAGGGUUCAAAAGUUAUGAAAUUAAAUUUGGGCAAUCUUCUUGAGCAAAUGAUCAAUGAAGAUAUGUUAACAGGGGUCCAUCAAUGUCCUUUUCUUCAUGCACGUGCAUUUUCUACUAUAUCCAAGUUCUAUUCCCUUAUAAGUAGACAAGUAUCAGAACAGUUAUUAUAUGCUGCUAUUCAAGUAAUUGCAUCAGAUGUCCCAGCACCUGUAAAAGUUGGUGCCUGCAGGGCUUUAAUUCAACUUCUGCCUCUUUUUAGUAAUAAUGUUCAGCCAUAUAUAAUGGGCUUGAUGUCUUCCCUAACAACUCUUUUGAGACAGGCAUCGGAAGAAACUUUGCAUCUUGUACUUGAAACACUGCAAGGUGCCAUCAAGGCCGUAGGUCAUGAACAAUCAACAACAAUUGAACCUGCUAUCUCACCCAUCAUUUUGGACAUAUGGCUACAACAUGUUUCAGACCCGUUUAUCAGUAUUGAUGCAGUUGAAGUGCUGGAGGCAAUCAAGAACUCUCCAUACUGUCUAGAACCACUGGUGUUACGAAUUCUACCUCCGAUUAGAUCUGUGCUGGAAAAGCCUCUGUUACAGCCUACUGGUUUAGUUGCUGGCUCUCUGGACCUUCUGAUCAUGCUAUUGAAAAAUUCUCCUGUAGACGUGGUAAAAGCAAUCUUUGAUGCUUGCUUCAACCUUGUAAUUGAAAUUGUCCUUCAAAGUGAUGAUCAUGCAGAACUGCAGAAUGCAACAGAAUGUUUGGCUUCCUUCAUCUCUGGAGGCAAACAAGAUUUGUUAGUAUGGGCUGGUGACUCAGGUCUUGUAAUGAAAGGUUUACUAGAUGCUGCUUCUAGGCUCCUUGAUCCAGAUAUGGAAAGUUCGGGAUCACUUUUUGUGGCUAGCUACAUUUUGCAACUUAUCCUACACUUGCCAUCACAGAUGUCUUUGCACAUCCAUGAGCUUGUUGCUUCUGUUGUUCGUCGAAUGCAAUCAUGUGAAGUAUUUGGGCUGAGAAGUUCUUUGAUUCUUAUUCUUGCUAGACUGGUACAUAGCAGUACCCCAGAUGUCAAUCAGUUUAUCAAUCUAAUGCUUUCUACUCCUGCUAAAGGUUUUGAGAAUGCACUGGUUUAUGUGAUGCCAGAAUGGACUAAACUGCAGGGUGAAAUUCAAGGAGCCUAUCAAAUUAAGGUAACUACAUCUGCAUUGGCUCUGUUACUCUCAACACGGCAUGCAGAGUUAUCUAAAAUUAAUGUCCAAGGAGAUCUAGUCAAGUCUAAUGCAGGCAUAACUACACGAUCGAAAGCUAAAUUAGCUCCUGAGAUGUGGACCAUGAUCCCACUCCCUGCAAAGAUCUUUGCGCUGUUAUCUGAUGCACUAAUUGAAAUUCAAGAACAAGGCUUGGACGAUGAGGAUGAGGAUAGUGAGUGGGACGAAGUUUCCAACGAUGAAAAUGGUGGUGUGCAAGAUAUACUUCAUCCAAUGGCAGUACCAUCAUCUGUUAAUCCCUCAGUUGAACAUCUUGAUGCCUUGGCGAAGGCAUUUGAUGAUGAUGAUGAUAAUGAUGAUGAAUAUGAUAACGAACUUACUAAAGUUGAUCCACUAAAUGAGCAGAUCAAACUAGCUGAUUUUUUGACAAAUUAUUUUGUCAACAUGUAUAAUACGGACCAAUCACUUUUUGAUUAUCUUUUCCAGAGUCUGGCAGAUGUACAGAAAUCUGUAGUUGGAAAUGUUAUAAACAAGUAGCUUGAGUUGAGAUUUAUUCAUUUGUUCUGGUUCAUUAGUUGAGGAAGAGGUGCCAGCCAAAGUGUUUUAAGUGUGGCGGAUGUGGUUGUAACACAGUUUUGAAUGUGACUAUAGAGAACUCAGUAAUUGCUAGAUA